UGCACCGCCGCCGGAAGGGUUUCACACGCGCACGUCGGCCGCACGACGACUGUUGUAAGGCGCUGUGCACGCGGAUCGCACUAACCCCGUGCUCCGCGGACGACGACGCGAUUUCGCGACGACCAUCACGACCCGGCCGCUGCGCGUAUAGUUUAUUUACACACGUUCAUCUCAGCUAACCUCGGUGACGGUCCGAGAGCGACCACCACCGCGGUACAUUUAUUAGGUUAUUGUUUGGUCGAUGUGGCAUUUUUUUUUUCACGCGACAGACAUCGCGUUUAACGUGCGUAUUGUACCUGAAUCCGUUUUCCGUUUUCCGACGCGCUCGCGUGAACUACGAUGCGGCAGAUGGCGGUCAUCCCGUAGAACUUGUGAAGAAUAAUUCUCAAGUCAUUUAUUUUGAGUAGAUUUCAUUCUGUACAUUUACAUAACAGUAGCCCGGUGGUGCGAAUGGAGCGCAACGGAACUUCCGGCGCGGGCGAUGGCAACGGCCAUGGCAGCAGCAGCCCUUACUGCGGCAACCUGCUGGUCGGUUUGCACGACGUGUACAUGCUCUACCACGGAUACGCUAGCCUCCUGGUGUGCGCGUUCGGCUCGGUGGCCAAUGUGCUGAAUAUCGCGGUGCUGACCCGCAAGGAAAUGGUGUCGCCCACCAACGCCAUACUCACCGGGCUGGCCGUGGCCGACCUGCUGGUCAUGAUCGAGUACGUGCCGUUCGCCUAUCACAUGUACCUGCGACCAGCCGACUAUCCGCGCGCCGACCGGUUCUCUUACAACUGGUCGCUGUUCGUGCUACUCCAUUCAGACUUCUCGCAGGCGUUCCACACCAUAUCCAUUUGGCUGACGGUCACACUCGCCGUAUGGAGGUAUGUAGCCGUGGUGCACCCGCAGAUAAACCGAAUAUGGUGCAGAAUGGAGACCACGCUGUCCGCGAUCGCGCUCGGCUACGUGGUGUGCCCCAUCAUUUGCAUACCCAGUUACCUGUCGUUCAACCUGUUCUCCCGGGUGGAAACACUGGACUCGACCGGGAACCGGCCGGCCACCGCGAUCGGAUCGACGUUGGCCAACGGCAGCAUCGGCACCGGCGGCAGGACUGCGACAGCGGCUAGCCAGCUAACGGCCGGCGGUGGCGGCAGCGGUGAUGGUGAGCAACUGCGCAACGUGACGCUGUACUACGUGAACGUAAGCGACCUGGCCAUGUCAACGUGCCUGGCCGACAUCAACUUCUGGGUGUACAGCGUGGUGAUCAAAAUCAUACCGUGCGUGGCGCUGACCGUGCUCAGUCUGCGGCUGAUCUGCGCGCUGCUGGAGGCCAAGAGACGGCGGGCCAAGCUGACGGGCAGUGGGCGAAAGUCGGCGGACAAGGAGCGACAGACGGACCGGACUACGCGCAUGCUGCUGGCCGUGCUCAUGUUGUUCUUGAUCACUGAGUUCCCGCAGGGCAUACUGGGACUGCUCACGUUGCUCCUGGGCAAACGGUUCUUCCAGGACUGCUACCAGAACAUGGGCGAGGUCAUGGACAUGCUGGCCCUAGUCAACUCGGCCAUCAAUUUCAUACUGUACUGCGUGAUGAGCCGACAGUUCCGUAACACGUUCAGCCUGCUGUUCCUGCCGUCCUGGAUAUCCAAGGCCGAGUCGCAGGCGCAGUCGCACGGCAACCCGACCACCACGCAGGUCACGCAAGUUUAAGGAAGAGAAACAAAAAAAAAACCCUAUCCACCCGUCAACCUGUCGCUGCCUGUUUGCGCUGCAACAUACGACACGAUUAUUAUUACCAUUAUUAUUAUUAUCAUUAUUACAAUAUAUUUUGUGUACAAUACAGUAAAAUUGGUUUACUACGAAUAUAUGCUUUCGCGGUACGCAUUCGACCCAGAUCAAGACUUCCGAUUCGAAUAAUAAUAAUAUUACGUACCACCGAUAUAACCUGUAUUCACAUGUAUAUUUGUAGCGACCAAACAGGGUUUAUUAUUCCCCUCCCCCAUCUACGUUUCAUGGGCGAGUAGAGUCUUUACGGAACACAUGUGAUGCAUUCUUAGAACGUGAACCGCAGGCCGAAAUAAACGCUACAACACGUGACCGCGUUUAUCGGUAAACGUUUAUGGUAUAGAAUAUAGACUCUAAGGGGAACGCAUUGAAAUGCGUACCCUUCCGCGUCACUCGUAUAGUGUCCGAUAAAAAAUUCUCUAUAAGGGAUGAAACGCUUAUGUUUUUCUAUCUCGUAUGUGCGUAAACCGAUUCGCGUUAAUAGAAUAUCAUCUUUCGUUGUUGUACCUACUACACGCGGAUACAUUGAAAUGUAUGAGCUAUUGCUUUUCGGUUAACCGUAAAACUCCGAGCUUUUGGUAUAUAUGCGUGCUCCAUUCCAUCCGUAUGUUUGGCUUAGAUAAAAUCGUUAUUACAUCCUUCGUGCGCGUUAAUACGAUCAAAUGCCGUGAUUACGCCGCUUUGAUUGCGUGUACCAGUUUGUAACACGGUUGGAUCUUGGGUCGCUGUCUUCGUACAGAUUUCCGUAAAACUAUCUGAGCUCGAUCUGGAACAUUCGGUUUUCGAAUCGUUCACAGAACGGUAAUAACGUUUCAGUUAUAAUUUUAAAUUCGUGUACAUUGCACGCAUUAGUUACUACAUAGUCUAUAUUAAAUUUUAUAAUAACUUUUUUUAUUCUUUUAUUUUUUUAUUUUUAGCUGCCAUCGUGAUGUAAGCCCGGUGUUAGAUUUAAAAUUACAAUAUUACACAUGAACUAUUAUAUAGGUGAAGUUAGAUGUAAAUUAACAUUUACUAAUAUAAUAUUUGUGAUACUUAAUAAUAUGACUAUUUUCAGAGUUUGUUUUUUGUUAAGUACUUUUACUAUGUUGGAUUGCAUUUUCGAGUCAGUGUGUAUUGAAGUAAAUUGUUUACACUCCUCCACUGUGUUUGACAGUUAAUGAUUAGUGGUAUAUGUUGCAUAUUAGUUUGAAGAUUUUUUCUAAUUAAGUAUGAGUGUUUGAGAAAAAAGUAUUCAUUCUAAUCUUCUACAAAUUUAAAAUAGUAUAA